AUGAACACACCAUCCAUUAUUGGAGGAGACUAUGAAGAGUUAUCUGACCCCCUCCUUAAAUCUGUGUAUCAAGAUUACUGUGGGAUAGCUAAUAUAACCGACAUCGAAUGCCGAGUUGCCGACACUAAAAUCCUGUUGAGAGAAACUGGACAGAUAGCUACUUGCACAUUGCCUCUUGGACUAUCAUGUCGUGAUAAUGAACAGGAUAGUAGCAUCUGCAAGGAUUAUGAAAUACGUGUAUUUUGUGAUUGUGGUCCUCAACUGCCAAUUGAAACAACUCCAAUCGCUACAACGACUGUGAUUGCAAAGCUGCCACCACUUUGUAAGCAAACAGGGUGGACUGAUUGGAUGUCUGCAAGUUUACCAAAUGAGGAAGGAGAAUCUGAAACCUUAGACAACUUGAGAGUGAAACACUCCUUUUGCUCUGAAAAUGAAAUAAUAAAGAUUGAGUGUCGUUCGAUUUUGUCUUGGAGGUAUAUUCAUGGGAAUGAUGCAGAUGUCAUUUGUAACAAGAAGUUUGGACUAUUGUGUAAGGGCCAGAACUGUGAUGAUUACGAACUGAGAGUAUAUUGUAAUUGUGAAAUAGAAGAAACAUCACCUGCUCCAAUAUGUGUGACUGGCUGGACAGAGUAUUUCAACACAGAUCAUCCUGAUCAUAGUGAGAUUGGCGAUGAUGAGAGUUUGGAAAGUAUUCGACAACAGCACCAAUUUUGUGUUGGAGGAAUAAUUGAGGACAUUGAAUGUAAGACCAGAGAUGAAAGAGGAAAUCUUAUUGAUUAUUCCAGUCUGGACACAUUUGGGCUAAAGUGCUCUAAAAAUGUUGGUUUUGUUUGUAAUAAAUAUGUUGUCUCUGGAAAAUGUGAAGAUUUUAUGGUUCGGUUCUACUGUAGAUGUGAACCUGUAUUUAUGACAACAGAAGUAUUAACAACUGAAACAAUACUGGCACCUACAACUGUUUUGCCUGUUCCAGUAGAAUGUGGCUGGACACCGUGGUUGAACAUUGAUAGUCCUGAAUCAUCUCCUGAUGACGGAGAUUAUGAAGACUUAGCAAAAAUACAGAGUAUAUACAAGACUUGUGGAGGUAAAGAUCUUAUCGAUAUAGAAUGUAGAAUGUCCAGAACUUUACAUUCUUAUAAAGAAUCAUUGCAAAAGAAACUUGUUUGUGACACCAUGCAUGGAUUCCAAUGUAAGAAUGAAGAUCAAGUUGGAAAAUGUUAUGAUUAUGAAAUUCGUCUACUUUGUAUGUAUGAGUGGUGUUUACCAGUUGCUUCUACUGUUUAUACUACAGCUGCUUGGGAAACAACUACAAAUCCAUGUCCAAUAGACCAAGUCUAUGAUGAAUGUGCAUAUUCCUGUGAGCAUCUUUGCUCAUCCUUUGCACAAAAUCUGUCUUUUGAGUGUAAGAACAAAUCAUGCAUACCUGGAUGUCGACCAAUCACUGGCUGUCUCUUCCCAAAUGUGUGGCGUGAUUUUCACACAUGUGUUUCAAAAGAUGAAUGCACUUGUAUGCUCAUUGAAGAAGAAACAGUUACUGUUGUUGCACCUAAAGAAGUUGUGGUGAAAGAUUGUGAAAAAUGUCAGUGCAUUCAUGAUGAUCUCAUAUGCAAUAAAAUUCCUGGAUGUGGGGCAAAAUUGCCACCAGAACCGAGAAUUGAAAAAGAAAAUAUUUUACAACCAGAUUGUUGGACUGAUUGGAUAAAUGUUGAUAGACCAUGGACUGGUGGUGGAGAUUUAGAAACAUUAAGCAACAUCAAUCAAAAAUUUAUUCUUUGCAGUGAUCCUGUUAAAGCUGAGUGUCGCACUGUAGAAAGUAAACAAAAGUCAACUGACACCAACCAAGUUUUAAGGUGCGAUGAAAAAGGUCUCAUUUGCUUAAAUAAGGAUAACAUACCAGAGGAAUGCCAUGAUUAUGAAAUCCGAUUCUUCUGUCCUUGUUCAACACAAGUACCAGAAAUUACGACUCCAGCACCAACUUUGCCUCCAGGACCGUGCAUAUUUGGAUGGUCAGAUUGGUUUAAUAGUCACACACCUAAUAAUCGAGGGGAUUUUGAAACUAUUCAGAGUUCAAGAACUAAUCAUUUAUUUUGCUCUAAUGACAUGAUAUCAGCUAUAGAAUGUCGUCGUGUGGGACAUACUGUGCAGGAGCACCUUCAACAAGGAGUUCUCUGUGACUUGCAAGUAGGUCUUAUCUGUAGCCAGGAGAGCUUAAAUGGAGAUGAAACUUGUUGGGAUUAUGAAAUCAGAUUCUUUUGUGAUUGUCCAACCAUCGCUCCAUUUACUGCAUCAAAGACACAAACAACUACUGCUCUUCCCACACAAACUGCUUGUUCAUAUUGGUCAGAAUGGAUCAAUGAAAAUCAUCCCACUGAUAUGAAGGGAAAAGGAAUUAAAAAAGGAGUGAAAGGUGCUGGUAGUGUUAGAGGAGAUAGUGAAAAGGUCAUGCUUUUGAGACUUCAGACUGAGCAUAACUUUUGCAGAGAAGGCUAUUUGUCUGACAUUGAAUGCCGAGAAUCAGUCUCUGAUUUAGAUUACACAGAAACAGGUGACAAAAAGCUGACUUGUAACUUAGUUUCUGGCUUUAGGUGCAAAGGAAAAGAUCAAUUAAAUGGCUUCUGUAAGGACUAUAAAAUCAGAUACUUUUGUUUUUGCAAUGAAGUCUCAACAACUCCUGUUAUAACACAACCUAUUACUCCUCAAGUAAAUGUUGCCGAGUGUGAAACAUUUUACAAUAUCAGAGAUGGUCCAAUGCCUAUACCUGACAGUAAUAUAAAAGCAUCUAGUAGUAAGGACUCCAAUAGUGGGCCACAAAGCUCUCAUCUGAACUCCAUAUCCAAUCAUAAGUCUGCUGGAGCUUGGAUUGCUGGCGAUAUUAAUAAACAACAGUGGAUUGAAAUAGAUCUGGGUGAAAUACAGCCAAUUUAUGGAGUUGUCACCAAGGGCAGAAAUGCAUUUCCUUCAUGGGUUAAAUCUUACAAAGCACUCUAUAGCAGAAAUGGGCUGGCAUAUGCUUAUAUUUCUGAUCAAGAUAGUUCAGAAAAGGUAUGUUUUGUUUUUACUGGAAAUUAUGAUAGUGAAACACCGGUACAGAAUUUAUUUAGAAAGCCUGUUGAAGCAAGAUUUAUACGCAUUCAACCUAUUUCCUUCUACAAAGAAAUAGCCAUGAGAGUGGAUGUUUUAGGCUGCGCUGAAGGUUUAACAACUGAAUUCAUCACAACUAUUGCUACUCAUCCUCCCUGUAUUGAUGAGAUGGGCCUGUACAGUGGACUUAUCCAUGAUUUUCAGAUACAAACUUCUAGCAAUAGAAAUCCAUACUCUGAUGGACAGUUUGUGCGCUUGAAUUCUUUGCAAACAGAAGAGCAUUCUGGGGCAUGGGUGGCUGAACAUUUGGAUGAAAAUCAGUAUGUUCAGAUUGACUUUCUAGAACCACGUAUAUUGACUGGAGUUAAAACACAGGGUAGGGAUAUGGUACCUCAAUGGGUCACAGCUUUCACUGUGAGCUACAGUCAAGAUGGAGAUACAUGGAUUCCCAUUACAGAUAGCCAUGGUGUUAAAGUAUUUUCUGGUAAUUAUGACAGCAGCACUGUUGCAAUUACUUAUUUCCCUCAAGCCAUACGGGCUCGUUUUAUUCGCAUCAAUCCUGUAAAUUGGGAAAAUUGGAUUGCUAUGCGUUUAGAAAUAUUAGGAUGCCAAGAGGAGGUUAAAAAUGAGGCUGGAACCACUCGAAAACCUCAUGUUGUUCCAGCCAAAUGCAUAGAGCCAAUGGGAUUUGAAAAUCACCAGCUGCCUAAUACUCUUAUUACUGUAUCUUCAUCAGAUGGAGAUGAAAGUGGAGCUUCCAGAAUCAGGUUAAAUACCCAUAAAGAAGGUAAUGCUCCUGGUGGUUGGGUACCUGCAUCUUAUGAUUAUCAACCUGUAGUUUUGAUUGAUUUUUAUGGUAAAAGGAAUCUUACUGGCAUUUUAACACAAGGUAGAGAAGAUAAAGACAUGUGGAUUAUGAGCUAUAAAGUGAUGUAUAGUCUAGAUAAUAUAAAUUGGGAGUAUGCUACUGAUAUGGAAACUGAUAAUAUUGUUUUUAGUGGAAAUAGAGACCGGAACUCCAUUGUUCUUCGGUUAUUCAGCUCAAUGAUUCAAGCUCGGUACUUGAAAAUUAUUAUCUUGGAUUGGCAUAAUUUACCUGCAAUGCGCAUGGAGAUUUGGGGUUGCUUUAUUCCAUACCCCACAGUAGAAGUCCCCCCCACCAAGCCAUGCGUCGAGAACAGCCCAUGGAUUAGUUUAUCGGAUCCUGCAAUGUCAACUUUUGGUGACAAAGAACUCAUUAAAGAAAUACUGUCUGCUGCAGGCACAUGCAGCAACCCUUUCGAAAUUGAAUGUCGAACUGUGGCAACUCGAACAGACUAUACUCAAACUGGUCAGCUAGUGAGCUGUGAUCUCACUCAUGGUUUGAUCUGUGAGAAUAAGCUUCAGUCCUCUUCUUUGUGCUACAACUAUGAAGUCCGAAUUAAAUGCUGGACGUGUGGUAUUCCAACUACUGCUCCAAUUAGUCUCUGCCCUGAAGUUCCAAAUCUCAUGAAAGAUUAUUGUCCUCAAGCCUGUCCUGAAGACUAUGCUUGUGAUGGCUCCAAAUGUGUCCCUCAUGUUGAUUGUCCUUGCUUUAAUGACGGAAAGACAUUCAAUGCAUCAAAUAUAAUAAUCACCAAUGAAUGCCAUCGUUGUGAGUGCAUCUUAGGAGGUUAUUCAACUUGUGAACCUAUAAAGUGUCCAAAUUGUUUACCAGGCCAAAAAUUGCAAAUGGAUGAUCAUUGCAACUGUAACUGUGUAAGCUGUGCUGAAGGAACCAUUCUUUGUCCAAGCAAUGGCAUCUGCAUUAAAGAGGAGCAGUGGUGUGAUGGUAUAAAAGAUUGUGCUGAUGAUGAAACAGAUUGUCCUACAACUCCAACUGUUUCAACAUUGUCUCCUACGACUACAGAACAUCCUGCUAUUUGUAAUGCAGAAUAUGAACUUGGGACUGAUAAUUGUGAAAUGACAGCUAACUUAUUUGAAACGUUUGAUGGCCUAUCUUACCAGUAUGAUAUUUGUCAUCAUGUGUUACUAGCUGAAUAUCCUCAAAAUUUAUAUUCAGUUGAAAUUCACAAAACAUGUCUUUCAAGUGGUUUAAAUUGCUAUAAAUAUUUGGUAAUUGAAGUAGAUUCUCUGACAGUUAAGAUUGGACCAGGUAUUGAAGAUGUGACAGUUCAAGAUAGCAAAGUGCUUCCCUCUAAUUUCUGGCUUGUUUCCCAAAGAUUUCAAGAUUUUGAACUGAAGAAACGUGGUAACACUGUUGUUUUCAGGUCCAAAAAAUACCAUUUUGAUGUCAGUUGGGAUACUCAACAGAAUGCCAAGAUAACUGUUUCAAAAUGUUCAGUAGGACACAUUUUUGGAUUAUGCGGCUUAUAUAACAGGGAGAUGUCUGAUGACCGUACUAUGCCAAAUGGGGAACUGGCUAUUUCUAACGAAAAAUUUGGUAACAGCUGGGCUAUAGGCUCAUUGGAGAAAUGCCAGCCUGCCAGUUGUCCGCCUGAGCUACUACAGAAAGCAAUUGAAGUGUGCAGUGAAUUAAGAGAAGAGCCAUUCAAUUCGUCCUGUACUGAUUUUGUGAAAAUUGAAAAUCGUAUUGAAGCAUGCCUUUUAUUCAUAUGUGAAUGUGAACAAAGAACUAUUGAUGCCCGUAAUUUACCAGAUGGAAAUUUCGACGUGUCUCGCGACUCUUUUGAUCUAUUCUCUUGUAAAUGUCAAGCCUACGAUGGCUUUGUUGAGGCUUGUGAAUCUAAAGGAAAUAUCAUUGUUCCAGAAUGGAGAAUCAAAUAUGACUGCACGCCUGAGUGUCCACUUGGUAUGGAAUGGCAAGAUUGCGGCCCUGGCUGUGAACUGACGUGUGAUAAUUACCAGCAAAGGGAGCAGCUUUGUGGUACGGAUUGUGUUCCUGGAUGCUACUGUCCUUCUGGACUGAUUCGCCACCACAAUCGUUGUGUCAAGCCCAAAAUGUGUCAAGACUGUGUGUGCAGAGGCCAUGGGGAUCCAAAUUACAUCACUUUUGAUGGCCACUAUUAUGCAUUUCAAGGAAAUUGCACCUACAUUCUGGUUCAACACCAACAAGCUGAUGAUCAAGUCAUGAAUUUUCGCAUCUUGGCUACGAACGUUGAAUGCCCAGAAGAACCUCUUACUUCUUGUACAGAUGGAUUGACCAUUUUGUGGAAUGGACACACAAUUGAAAAAUUCAGGAAUAAGCCAAUUUACUUGGAUUCAAAGCAGCUCAAUGCUGAAGACUCUCCUGUUGAACAUGGUGGGAUUAGCAUAAUAUUUAUCCCAGGCAAGAGCACUGUUGUUCACAUCAAGGAAAUAAAUCUGGUUGUACGGUACUUUGAUCAGAUGUAUGGCUUCAAUAUUGAACUUCCGGCUUUUUUCUACUUCAACAAAACUGAAGGAUUGUGUGGAGUUUGCAAUUUUAUUGAAUCUGAUGAUCUGUACCACAGAAACGGAUAUGUAACUGAAAACAUUGAAGAUUUUGCAUAUAGUUGGUUGGAACCACCCAACACCAAGGAAAAGUGCGAGUUUCCACGAGAGAAAGUUCCAGAACCUCCUCCUGGAAUUUGCAACUUCACUGCAAGCUCUUGCGAGUUGUUCCUCGACCCCAGUCUGUAUGCACGCUCCUGUGAGAACGACGUCACUUACAGCCGUAAGCCUGAAUCAUCUAUGUGCCGAUCCAAAUUCCAAUAUUCUCAGCAGUGCUGUGAGAGGGGUGUGUCCCUCGUGGAGUGGUUGCUGCUCAGUGGUUGUGAAACAUCUUGUCCAGAAGACAUGGUCUUUGACUGUACUUCUGCUUGUCCAAAAACCUGCAACAAUUACAAAGAUUACCAUGUUGAUGAUUGCGACUUGAUGCCACUCUACACUUGCACCUGCCCGCCCGGUCAAGUGCUGAAGUUGGGUCGAUGCAUAGAUGAAUCAAAGUGCGAAGUGUGCGAUAAUGAGGGACAUGUUGUUGGUGAUGAAUGGUCUGUAGGAGCUUGCAAGACUUGCUUGUGUUCUGCAGAUUUGAAUACCAUCUGUACAGUUGUGGAAUGUCCUGAGCCACCAAUUUGUGACUCCAAGGAAACUCUUCAAAAGUUGUCAAAAAGUGCCAACAGCUGUUGUGAUGCAUUUAUUUGCUUGCCAAUGGCUGAAAAACUGUGUACCAAUCGAGAGCUAGAGGCCUGCCCCACAGGAGAAGCCAAUGUUCAAACAAUCAUUGAUGGGUGUCCCGAGUAUCGAUGUGAAUGCAUGCCAGAACUCUGCCCUCCUAUUGUUGUGCCUCUUCUUGAAGAAGGAGAGGAAAUCAGCCUUUACACCGCUAGUUGCUGCCCAGAGUACAAAACUAUUUGUAAGACAGAAAACUGUCACCCUCCUCCUCUGUGUGCUCCUGGAUUCAGACUCUCUACCUUUGAAGGCCGCUGUUGCAACAAAUAUACCUGUGUCCCAAAGAAGGACAUUUGUGUAUAUCAGCAUACAUAUCAAGUUUUGAAUGGCUCACAAAUAUACCUGGAACCAGUGGACUUCUUUGUAAAAGAGUAUGAGCUGGGAUCUUCUUGGCAUGAUGGAUUAUGCAAAGAAUGUUUCUGCAUUGAUUCUGAUGGACAACUGACUUUCACUUGCAGAGAAGAAAUUUGUCCAGAUGAAAAAGAAUUCCCUGAUAUUGAGAGCUAUGUUUAUGUAGAAACACGAUUGCCUGGAAUUUGUUGUCCAAAAUUUCACAGGACCUCUUGUCUUGUGAAUGAAAAAAUAUAUGAGAUUGGAGAAGAAUGGCCUUCUGCUGCUGGUGACAAAUGCAAGUCAUACCAGUGUGUAACUGAUGAGAAAGGUGAAGCUAUUCGCUUAGAGAAAACUACCAUCUGUGAUGAGAUAUGCCCAGAGAAUGCCAUCUAUGUGAAAGCUUCCCCAGAAUCAUCGAAAUGUUGCGGAAUAUGCAAAGCUGUAGCCUGUGAAGAAAAUGGAAUUUUGUAUGAGGAUGGUGCCUCCUGGAUAUCUGCAACAAAACCUUGCUUUACUGCCACAUGUACGGCCAAUGAAAAUGGAACUCUUAUUUCUUAUCGCGGAGAAAGUUGUCCAGUGAUGCCGGAUGAUUGCCCUCCUGAAAAUGUUAAAACCGAUCCACAUGGAUGUUGUUCUUAUUGCAAGAAGUCAAAGGUUACAUGCUCUGUUGUACAAGUGCCUAUCUAUGAAACAAGGGGAUACUUCAGCUACGUAGACACAAAGAAAGGAACAUGCACUAAUGAGCAAGUAUUGCCAGACCUGACAAAAUGUAGUGGGACCUGUGCAACAGACUCAUCCUAUUCCAACUUAGUUGGAGACUUCCAAAGUGUGUGUAACUGCUGUUUGCCAACGCUGGUGGAAGAUCGAAGCAUUUUAUUGGACUGCACUGAUGGUACACAAGUAGAAAAGAUAUAUAAACAACCAUUCUCCUGUCAGUGUUCUUCUUGUUCAGGUCCAGGUAAAAAAGCCCUACUGGAAACAUUGAAUCAAGUGGAGCCAUAUUGAUGAAAUGCUUAUGUAUCAACUGAAAACCAAUUGUACAUAUUUCCCCAACAAGUAUCAAAACAGCACUUAUCCUAAAAUGCAAAUUUAGUGCUUUACUUACCAUUUUUCAAAAUAAAAAUAUUUUUAA